AUGGCGUGGCUGUGGUCUGGACCUGGCAGGGGGACCACAACAAUCGAUGGCCACCAGGUUACGCAGGGGCAGCUCCUCGCGGACGGUGGGUUCGCCUACGUGUACCGCGGCUCGGACUUGCGCACUGGCGAGCCUGUCGCAAUCAGGAGAGUGCUGUUACAGGAUGCACAGUCUUUGGAACGCGCCCGCACGGAGAUCGCCAUCCUCCGACGGCUGCCCCCGCAGAAGAACGUCGUCCGAUUCGUUGGAGCAGAGAUAGUCAAUUCGGUUGGCGGCGCCCACAGCAAGGCCACCACCGAAGCGGUUUCCUUAUUCGAGCUGUGCAACGGAGGCACCCUGCUCGCACGCUUGGAGCGGGCGUUCGACGCAGCCCGGCCGGCCAUCGAGAAGGACAGCAUCGCGUCUUUUGGAAUAAGAUGUUGCUGUCCAUGCCUUCCAGAGGCGGAGGCCGUCGAGACACUGGCAGCUAUGUCGUCCGCCCUGGCUCAUGUCCACAGUUAUGGAAUCGUCCAUUACGACGUGAAGAGUGAGAAUAUUUUGCUCGGCCUAGACGGUGUCUGGAAACUGGCCGACUUCGGAUCAGCUAGCGUGCAGACGUUCGAGCUUGCUGGCGCCUCCAGGCGAAAGCUGCUGGAGGUGGAGGAAUUCGUUCAUGGAAGAUGCACGCCAAUCUACAGGCCACCUGAACUGGCGGACGUGCACUUGCGAUGGCCCAUCGGGUCGAAAGUCGACGUGUUCGCACUGGGCUGCGUCUUGUAUGCCACGUUGACAGGCGUCCACCCGUUCCCGAUGGAUUCAGCCCUGGCGAACAUCCAGGCGAAGUUCGCGAUGCCGUCUGAAGCAGAGAGUGCCUAUGCGCCAGCGCUUCCGGCUUGGGCGCGCCGUACGCUUGCUCGCGAGCCAGGCAGCCGCCCUUCGGCCGCCGAGCUGGUCGCGGAGGUGGAGCGGUUCCGGGUCCUGGCCGACGGCGACGAGAUCAGAUCAGGCGCCGCCGGGGAGGCCCGUUGCAGUGCGCCCACGCUCACGGAGGACCCCGGGUGGGUUGCCGACUUCUCCUUCGCCCCAGCACCGCUGAAUGGCACGAACGAGGAGGCCGCCGCGCUUGCAGCGGUCGCGCUUGCCGAGGUGGAGGGGCCCGCGGGCGUGGAGGCCGCCCCGCGCCAGGCGUCGGUCACUGCGGAGCUGGCCAGGCCAGGGCAAGCCCCAGCCGCCGCCCUGCCGACGGCCGCUGGAGGCCCGGGCGAGCCAGAGCAGUGGCCGCCGCCCGCCGCUGCCGGCCCGGCGGCCUCCUCGGCGGCGCCCGCGGCCUCUGCGUUGGCGGCCUCCGCCCCGGCGGCCUCCGCGCUGGCGGCUUCGGCGGCCUCCGCGGCGGCGGAGCCCGCCUCCGCGUCGGCGGCCGCGGCCCCUCCGUUGCCUGCUGCCAGCGCGGCCCCAGACGGCACGCCCGCAGCGCCGCGGGGACGCCAAGCGCUGGCACGCCUGGAGCUGGGGCCAGGAGCCGAUGUUCCAGCAGACGCGUCGGGACCCGUGUGGCCAUGCUCAGGCGAUGCCCAGGAGCCGAUUGCUGGCGCGGUCGCAGUGGCCCCGCCCGAUGGCCCGGGCGCGCAAGCCUCAGGCCAAGCCCCUGAGUUGCUGGCCGCCGUGGUGCCCCGGCUCGUCGAGUCCGACAGCAGCCAGGCGGUUGCCACGUCCGUGGCUCCAGAGGCCACUUCGCGGCCCAUUGGGCCCGCCAAGCCGCUUGGAGCGCGACGGGGAGCCGCCGUUGGACCACGGCGGUUGCGGUUGCCGUGCUUCUGUGGCAGGCCGCAGGUGCGCGAUUAA